AUGGAGACUCAGGAGGAUAGCAUCGAUUUUGAGAAGCUGAGACGCGACGCGUUGGGGCUACACUCUCCAUCUCAGCUGUGUCACUCAAGUUUUGCAGAUACUGGCACCGACCCAAGGAAAAAACCCAGUUACACAUACCAAGUGAACAGCGCCUCAGGCACAUAUUCUCGCCAACCUCAACCCCCGAAAACGCCAUCCGACCCCGCAAGAUUUUCCACCAGAAACGAACUUACUCCUACUCGAUCCCGGCAGCAUGAAUCACAGCCAAUGAGUCUCCAAAGAAGCGAUGCCGGGCCGGAGGCUGUACCGGGAUCGCAAUUCGACAAUGUGGAUUACGGAGAUGGAGCUCCGGGGGACACCCAAGUUGUAUCGCAGUCAGUGUACGACAGUCUGAUCCGACAAAACGAGGAGUCCAUGCGCCAUGAUUUCACAGAAACAGGGGCCGACGGAGCGACAUUGAGAACAUUGCACGAGGGUGAUAGCGGGCAUAUCGACCUCUUCGCCGAAUUGGACACCGCACGCCACGGGAUCGAACUCACCCAGUUUGGCGACGAAAACGACGAUGUCAGUAAUUCUGACCCAAACGAGUCUUCGCCAAUGGGCUUUGCACCCGAUCUCUUCCCCGAAUCACAACGGUUCCUGGCCGAAACUCCAGCAACGGCUGUGAAAAGGGCCGAGGCUAACGGCGUGACAACUGAGACCCCGAGCGUCUCACGGAAUCCGCUUGCUGGGGAUAUCGAGUCGAGUGGUGGCCUAAUGGGUCUAAGUCAAGUCUUCAGAGCCACUCAGGCCCCGUCAUCUCCUCUUGUUAACCUGCAGUCGGAACUCGUAUCGGACCGUCCAUCGCCGAAUAUUCCGAUCCAGCAAGCUAGGAUCACCCAUGGUAUCUCCUCGCCGUUGAUGGGUGUCCAAAAUAACUUCAUGAGAGAAUCAUCCGAGCCGAACUUGAACUAUAUCUCGAUGAAGGAGUCGCAGACCAAGCGUGACAGGACGUUAGGAGAGAGGUUGACUCGAUCGGCGGACAAUAUCCAAUCGGACCAGAGUGACAAAGAGUUCUAUAAGGAAUCGAGCUUCGUCGAACGUGCAAGACGGCAACGGGAGAUCGACGAGGAAGCCGCGGCCCAGUUCGCUGGUCUCAGGGCUCCUGCCAGAUCGACAUCCAACCUCUCGGCUAGACCAACUUCCCGUCAACACUCACCGCAAGACAUUGAAAUGGUUGAGCCUGUCGCCAGCGAGGAAGAAACAGAACAAGAAGAAGAUAGUGUUGUGCAAGUUCCUCAAUCACAAGAGCCUCCUCCAUCCUCAGCGGAAGAGGACAAGGAGAACUACGACGGCCCUCCGGUGGAUGCUGCCGCCGCCGCCAGUGCCCAUGAGCGACUAUCUCAGGCACUUGGCUUUGAGGCGAUCCAGUCACCAACUGCUAUUUGCUUAGACGCAGAACCAGAGGACGUGAUAAUUCGCCCAUGCUCCUUCCGCUCCCAAACAGAACCCAACUUUCGUUCUUCCCAACUACAGGUGAAAGAUUCUCAACCAUCACCUCAACCAACACCUCAGCCCUCACCGAUAAGUGUUUACAACGAACCUGUUCGGAUCAACAUGAACCAAUCUCCAUCGCGCUCUCCUGUAAAUUCUCCUUUGCUACAACGGCUUCAAUCAUCUCCUCCUUGCUCUCGACCCGAUCAGCGAUCAAGACCUUCAAGUCGCCAUAGCCAACAAGCUGGGAUUGUACCAAAUAGCCUAGAUGCCAAGUUUGAAAAAAAAACACUAUUCUUUGGGAAUGGAGAUGCACAAUCUAGUGCCCCAUCUCAGCAACAAAACAUGGCCUCAUCUCACCCCAAAGAACAAGGACUUGGUGUCAACUCAUCUCUGCAGUCUCAUGUGACUGAAACCCCUGUUCACCAACGCCUCAAGCAUGUUGGUGAUAUGGCUCGAUUGACGAGCAUCCCUGAAACAAGUCCUAGUAACCCCCAUUGCCAUUCCGAGGCUGGUUCCAAUGGUGAUGGACUGAAUAUCGAAGACGACGAUCUUCCGCUAAUGUUCAAUGGAAUUUCCGAUAACAGAAGCAGUCAAAUUCGUCCAGCUGGUGCUAGGGCACUGUCUUCGCCACUCAAAAAGCUACUCUCUAGCCCAGGCGGCGGACAACGCAGAGCCUUGACCGAGAUUGCGGCAGACCUCUCGCCGCAAGUUGGAAUUGGAGGAUUUGACAUGGGUGGGCUCUUCACCAACGACGACAAAGAGUUCAGAGCUCUUGUCGAAGGAUCACCAACCCGACCUAAGAAGAAGCGCCGCGGCAAUGAUGGCCAAAGUUAUAUCGCCUCUGACCCGAUCAUACCUUUCACCCCUCGUGCGCAGCCUCCUAAAUCAGUUACACCGCUCCGAGCACUGAACAAUCGAUCGCCGCCUAUCCCCGAAGAACCAGAACCUGUAUCGCAGGUACAAGUCCCUGCGACGGAUGUCCGGAGACAAUCAAAACCUCCACGACGUGUCCCCGAAAAUGUAUGGGACGUGGAGAACUCGCCUGAGCAGCCCUUCCGCCGGAGAUCGAGGAUCGGCCAACGACUCGGCCAGCGGGCUAUGCCGCGAUAUUUGCGACAAUCGCAAACCCCGGAAAAGGGCACUGGGAAGCCUGAAAGACCCGCACCUAAGCCUCAAGCUGUUGUCAACAACCCACCACCUCAUCCAUCCUCUGAUAUCAGAAUCGACUCAGAUGAUCUUGCAGUGUCAGAAUCAACCUCGACUAUAGCCCCUCCUACUACACCCCGACCAUCCAAACCUUUAUCAGACAACACGCAGAUUGCUCCAAGUCAAGUGAUUGCCGUCUGGAGAGGCCAACAACUGGCAUACUUCCCUGCAACAUGCUUUGGGACACCCCUCGGGGUCUCACAAAGCCAUUUCUCGGUCAAAUUCGAGGACAGUUUCCCUGUGGAAGUGCCUAAAGUUACCGUGAAAAGAUUUGAGCUGCAUAUCGGAGAUGAGGUCAAGGUCGACAUGCCUAAUGUCCCUAAAGUGACCCACGUUGUCCGCGGGCUCGAUGACAAGCUUACUAAAGAAGAGCUAACCAAGGCUGUAGACGAUGGCCUUCAUCCCAUAACAGAUAUUUACGGUCAUGCUACUGUCGUCCUUGGCCCCAAACAACGUAAGAGCCUGCCACAUGGUGGACUCGGCGGCAUCGAAAACAUCAUCAAGGUUCCUAUUGGCCGUAUUUAUCUGGAUACUAUGCUCUGGAAGAAGCUCAAAGAUCGGGAGUUUAUACAUCGCUCCGAGUCUGUCCGGCAAGAAAGCAAGGCUGAAACGCCAUCUGAAGCAGCGUCUUUGCCUGCAUCUCCCAGCGCCCGCUUCUCUCGCAGUAUUCGUCAAGCUAGUGGUAUUUUUGCCGGAAUGGCAUUCGCGGUAUCGUACAAAGAGGACGAAGUGUCCAAAAACCGUGUCACCAAGCUGAUUGAAGAGAACGGCGGUACACUACUACACGAAGGCUUCACUCAACUGUUUGAAGCAUCAUCAAUAAUUCCGAAUGAUACCCCGACAAAAUACCCAGCCAAAGAUGAAGCCAAAAACCAUGGCCUGCGCCUUACAGCCCUCGCCGAGGAUGUUGGCUUUGCUUGUUUGAUUGCCGACACACAUUCCCGCCGCGAGAAGUACAUGCAAGCGCUUGCAUUGAACCUUCCCUGUCUAUCAGGACGCUGGGUAGAAGACUGCAUCGCACAAAGGCGCAUCCUUGACUGGGACAUCUACCUCUUACCUGCCGGAGACUCAACCUACCUCAACGGAGCAACAAAAUCCAGACUUAUGCUUCCAACACCUCCAUCUACCGCCCGCCUCUCGGAGACAAUCUCUGCACGACCUAAACUCCUUAAGGGACAAUCAGUCCUCCUGGUAAUGGGCCGCGGAAAAGCAGAAGAAAAAAGAAAAGCCUACAUCUUCCUCACAUACGCCUUGGGAGCUUCGCGCGUCGAACGAGUCCCUGACCUCGGCACGGCCCGGGCCUUGAUUGACUCACAAUCCCAUGCCGGUAUACCAUCCAGCUGGGAUUGGAUCUACGUCGACGAUGCAGAUCAACGUGCUGCACGGUGGAUGCUUGAGCCAAAGAGGCAGAAGAUUCAUCUGACCCAUGGACGGAAGCGUAAGAAGUCUACUGUGACUAUUCCUUCUACUCCUAUUCCGAGUCAGCAACAAUCUACUCCCAAGGUUGUUGGUAAUGAGUUUGUUUGUCAGAGUCUAAUUCUCGGUCGGUUGUUUGCUGAGUAA